UCCAAUGGCCCACAUCCAACUUUAUUCCAGAGUCAGUCGACCCUCUUCAAUUCCAACUACAGUGUACUAAAAGAAUGAAUCUGGGAACAUUUAUAAAGAUGGGAUACAUCAUGCUAAUUAUUACGUUAGUUUUAAUGUUCUGGGCAUCGAUGGUCAGGAUGCACGAAAUCCAAGUGCAGUAUCCACCGUGUUUUUUCAAUCCAUUAUGUAGUUGCUCCAAAGCUAUUCCUGAUCUGGGCAUUGUUUCUUGCAACAAUGUUCCAAUGCCGAAAAUCCCUCAGCCCAUUAAUUCGUCCAAAGUAUUCAUACUUAAACUUGAAAAUAAUGGAUUGCGUUCUCUGCAACCGCAAUUUUUAAUCAAUACAGGCCUUUACAAACUACAAAUCAAGCAUAAUCUUUUGUCCGACAUACCGGACGAAGCAUUCUUAGGGCUUGAGAGAUCAUUGUGGGAACUAGAGCUUCAAUAUAAUCAAUUGAUUUAUGUACCUAGCAGGUCUUUCAGACACCUGCAGAGAUUACGGCUUCUGGAUUUAACAGCAAACCGAAUAUCCGAAAUUGCGCCUGAGAAUUGGCGGGGUUUAAAUAAUUCGCUUCAAACCCUUAGACUGGGUAAAAAUUUCCUCGAUAGACUUCCGGCGAACGCAUUUAGUGGCUUAUCAUCCCUAGAAGUUCUAGACCUUCAUGGGAACAGCCUGUUGGAAAUUGAUUCAACAGUUUUUAGAGAUGGAAUUGAUUUUCUCACGCACCUAUAUUUGAACGAUAAUCAACUGAAUCAUGUACCAUAUUCUCAACUUUCAACACUUAAACACCUCCGAUACUUAGAUUUAAGUCACAAUAGAAUAUCAAAAAUGUUGGAUCCACAUGUCGAAAAUGAAAUUCGUGGGCUACAAAUGUCUUUGGAUAUACUGCGUCUGGAAUACAACCAAAUCAAUAUACUCAUACCAGGAGCAUUUCAGCAUUUUCGUAGAGUAAAUAAAACUUACCUCGAUGGUAAUCCACUGACUGUCAUAGAGGAAGGAGCUUUCAAAGAUUCGAAAAUACGUGAACUUUACUUGGGUGAUUGUAAUCUGAUGGAAGUAUCUUCCCCUGUACUUUUUGGGCUAGAAUCUUCUCUAGAGUUAUUGGAUUUGACUGGCAACAAUAUCACAGACCUUCCUACGCAUCUUUUCAGAGACUUUGACUAUUUGAGAACGUUCAUAUUUCGAGAAAAUAAAGUUGAUGCUUUUACACCAGGAGAAGUAUUCAAUGAUUUCCAGUAUUCACUUUAUAAUUUGGAUGUAAGUGGGAAAAAAAAUCGCAUAAUUUCCGUACAAAGUUUAAAAGAAAUGAGGAAUCUACGCUUCAUAUCUUUAUCUCGAAUGCCAAAGUCAUCGUUAUCUCCGGAAGAUUUUCUCGAAUUCGGAAUGGAUUUGAAAGAACUCAGAAUAGUCCAGAGUAACUUGGACACUAUAAAAAGUCAUGCAUUCAAACAUGUACGAGGCAUAAAAUAUCUUGAUUUUUCCGAAAAUUCAAUAUCCACUAUCGAGGAGGAUGCGUUUGCGGAAGUCGGACAUUCACUUUUAACGCUACAAAUGUCCCACGGUCUGUCUUCGUCGGUAUCAAAUCUUCCAGCCGGCCCAUUAAAGUCAUUGACAAAUUUACAGCACCUCGAUUUCAGUAAUAAUCACAUACAGAAUAUGCCCGAGACAGCUUUUCAUUUUCUGAAACGAAUCAGACGCAUCGAUUUGCAAGAUAAUAAAAUACAAAGUAUCCAAAAAGGGACCUUCCAGGGAGAUAUUCAUUCGAUUCUGGAUGAAGUAAAUUUGGCAUUUAACGAAAUUAAAUACGUUGGAACUCAUAGCUUCAUGGAUCUCCCCUCACUUACCAUUUUGAAUUUGCAAGACAACGCCAUUGACAGAAUUGAACGACGAGCAUUUAUGAAUAUGAACCGAUUAAAAUACAUCAAUCUUCGAGGUAACAAGAUCAAGGAUAUAACAGACGAAGCUUUCCAGAAUUUACCCGACAUUGAAUUAAUUGAUUUGGCAUACAACGAAUUAAACGAAUUAGAUUUUAUGUCUCUAGACCAAGUGGGAACUUUGUCAUCGUUCAAAGUGAAUGCCAGUCACAAUAAAAUCGAAAAAUUAUGGAUAAACAGCACAACUUUUACACCCCCAACAAAUAUUGGUGGAAACGUCCAAUCGAACAUAAAAGUCUUGGAUUUAAGUUGGAAUAAUAUCUCUGAUAUAAUGAGGUACUAUUUCAGACCCGUAGAAUUUUCACUGACACAUCUUCAUCUUAGCCACAACAAGCUUGCGAACGUAACUCAAAAUGUUUUUGGAAAUAUGCCUCAUCUCCAAUGGUUAGAUUUGAGUUACAAUCAACUAAUGGACAUAAAUUUUGAUUGCUUCAAAAAUUCAAGGAACCUUCAGAUUCUGUCGAUGGCUUGGAACGACAUAUCCGAAAUUCCGGUGGAAGCUUUCAGACCUUUGAAAAAAUUACGUAUAAUCGACUUGUCACACAAUAAAUUGCGGUCAUUGCCGGAUAACUUGUUUACCGAAGGAAGUUUGGAGAGCUUAGAUCUUUCUCAUAAUCAAUUUAUGCGUCUGCCAAUGAAGACCAUGUCCCCAUCCGCGGCGGCAUCUUUAUCCAAAUUAGACAUGUCAUGGAAUGUUUUAGCUGGUUUGCACAAUACUGACGCCGUAUUUAGAUUUAGGGACAUAUCGUGGAUCGAUUUAUCAUAUAACAGACUGGUGAGACUUGACGAUGGAGUAUUUUCCGAACUUUCUAUGUUGACGUAUCUUGAUCUGAGUCAUAAUAAAGAAAUAAUUUUGGAAGCACACGGAAGAACUUUUCACGGCUUAGAGGAUACGCUGUUGACACUCGGGCUCAGUAACAUGUCACUUUAUAUGGUUCCAGAACUUCCUCUUCAUCGUUUGAGAACUUUACAUUUGGGGCAUAACAGGCUUUCAUCUAUUCCGUCAGACAUGGCUGCGAAUAUGACUUCGCUACGUUAUUUGGAUUUGAGUUAUAACGAUUUAACUGCUGUGCCGUUAAUAACUCAUACACUUCCUGAACUUAGAUCGUUGAAUCUUGCUGGAAAUCCUAUCACUACUAUAUCUAACACGAGUUUUCUGGGUCUAGCUGAUAGUCUGGAAGAGCUUGAAAUACGAAGAUUACCUCUCGAUGUAUUUGAAGCAGGAGCAUUGUGCAAAGCUGUGAAACUUCGUAGUUUACACAUAUCAGCGUUUAAAAAUGUUAAAAAUUUCAACUUGCCAACUAUUCUAGACUACAAUCACGGUCUUAGAAGCUUGCACGUUGAGGUGACUCAUGACACUAAUUUGGAAAAAGAAAUGAAGGGCAAAUUUCCAGCGAAAUUGUACAACAUGACUCUAAGUGGAUUAGGUCUGACAAUGAUACACAAAAAUAUAUUCGAAGGCAUAAGAAACUCUCAACUGCACUUUACACUGUACAAUACAAGUGUAAAAGUCGUACCUCGUGAAUUAUUUACUAACGCUGGUAAUGCGAAGAACAUAUCGAUUAAUUUGAACGAUAAUACCGUAGGAUCAAUAGGAAAUCCUUCAUCUGGUUAUAAACCAGGUGUUCCAGGGAAAUCCUUUCUCCGAAAACUUCGAUUAGCCGGGAGUCAUCUUAACUGUGAUUGUGAUAUCGGAUGGGUAGAGAUGUGGCAACGAAAACAGAGGCAAUAUUACGAGGACGAAUGUGGCACGUAUUCGGAUCAUAUUUCCGCACCAGACGAGGAGGAUAAAUAUAAUUGUUGGGACAAUGGAUGGGACGAUGAUCUACGUGAGACUUUUUGCUUGAAUAAAAAUAACAUUUCUCUUUUAGAAGCCUUGAAAACUGACCUUGAAUGCGGUUGGGGUUCCGCUGAUUCGCCAGUAUUGACGAACAUUGUAGUGUUCUUUUCAAUUCUUGUAGUACGUGUAUUUUAAAUUUCAUCUUAUGUAAAAGCACUGAGUCAUGCACUAGGCGACUAAAUCGUAUCAGAGAAAAAAAUUAUUAUUGAUUAUUAUCAUUAUUGUUAUUAUUAUUGGUUUUUCAUUAACAAAUUAUAUCCGUAUCGACGUCGUAUUUGUUUAUGUAUAAUAGAUGAAAUUAUUUACAUCGGUAUAAGUCGGGACACCGUCCACCGCUAUUUCGUUUGAAUAUAUUCGAGGAAGUAGAUUAUAAUGUAAAAUUAAGUCACUCGUCUUUUAUAAGCAUGAAUGAAAACGAAUAUGAUAUUACCUUAAUUAUUAAAUUCUGCGAAUCUCGAUGCAAGUCCAGUCUACAGUGAGCUCAUUUUCAGCAAUCAGCACCAAUUAAAUACGUCCCAAUUCAUUCACUAGAAUCACAUUUGACUAGAUACUACGGUUCCAAGACAUACCCAUAUUAUUGGGGGCCAUAUGAAAAUUAUAGAAAGAAAAAACAUACAUAGAAAAUUAUCCAUAUUUUAAAUAUUAGCUUGUCAGCACAAUGUUAUCGGUAUAUGACGCAGAAGCUGUUGGAAAAUGAAUUUUGGAUUCAAAAAAUAACAAAUAAUAAUUAGAGGUAAAUGCAUUGGAAAUUUCAAUUACAAUAUAGAUGUUUAGGUAAACUAAUUACAAUAAUCAUAACAACGUAAUAUCUUUAGAAAAAUUAGGCAAUAUGCAAUGAGAAUAUGCAUUACAAUAAAUAGACAGUUUUUGGUAAUUGAAAAAACAUCUAUUAUAUUUACAAAAUGAAUAUUAAAAAUUGUCACAAAAUACAUGUAUAAAAUAAAAUACCCUUCAAUGGUGCAAAUAAAAUACAUACAAAAAUAAAA